UGAACGGUGUAAAUGUAAACAAACGUGUUGCUAAUUUCUUCGUUGAAAGAAGUAUAGUUAUUAUCAUCAACGUGGCGUUUUAUCCCUCUCCAAAGGCGGAGGGAUAUGGAAAUGGCUAUUUACAUCCUAACAUGUCUGUGAUAGUGGAGACAGAGACUGGGUGGUUACUGGACCAUCAUGCCUACUCUGUAUGCCGUGUUUCUGAGGGUUCAACAGGAAAUCUCUGCACCAGGUACCAGAUGAGACGGAGUUUGUUUGACAUUGUGUCACCUUUUGUGAUGGACAGUCAAUUUAGAAAGACUGGUGGUCAUUUUCAGUCAGAAAUGGGAGAAGGUUGUGUCACAAAUAAAAAGAGAAAACGAAAAAGGAAGGAACCAUUAAAUAUUGGUGAAUUGCGCGCAGAAGAGUUUCAUCAACAGGUCAAGUCACACAUCUGUCAAGCCCACACCAGUUUUCUGGAAGCCGGCACCCAGUCUGGGUAUUUCUUGUUGCCAGAUGGUACCCAGCCCAAUGACAACAAUAUGGCAUCUAGAUCAGCAGCUGCCAUGCAGGGAGCCAGAGACAUGUUUGCUGGUUUAUUGGUGGGAACUGGUGCUGAUUGCACUGAAUCUUGGUUACCUCUCCGGGAUAUCUAUAAUGGUCUGGCAUUACGCAGUGCAGACAUAGUGAAUGGAGUGUGGCAGCAUAAGGGAAAGCACUCUGCAAUAUUAUACAUUGAUGACCAGCCAUUCAUUAUCCCCCAUGAAUGUACCUUCAUCUUGGGAGAGAUGUCUCAGCUGACCAUUGGGGCCCCAGUUUUGGGUACUUUUGAUCUGCUUGUGUUGGACCCGCCAUGGGAAAGCAAGUCUGUGAAACGACUGAAAAAGUAUAACAUGCUAGGAAAUACAGAGUUAUUGGCAGUACCUUUGGAGCAGCUUAUGUCCCCUGGCUGCCUGGUGGUUGUCUGGGUGACCAACAGACAGAAGCACAGAGACUUUGUUACCAGGCAACUGUUUCCAAGGAAGCAUAUCACACACCUCGCUACAUGGUGUUGGCUGAAGGUUACGAGGACAGGCAAGCCUGUGAGGGCCAUUGAUGACAGGCAGAAGCGUCCGUAUGAAGUGCUGCUCCUGGGUAGAUAUGCAGACAGCAGGGAGCUGGUGUGGCAUGACAGGGAGCCAGUGAGGCAUGACAGUGACAAAGGUCUAGAAACUGCUACAAACAGUGCGGACGAUCUUCGUGAUAGCCCUUACAAAGAAGCGAUCAAGAUGAAAGCUAAUUUGACAAGUGAAACAGACUUUUUACGAAAUGGGUCUCAUGAAACGCAAAUCAAGAAACAUUGUACAAUGGAAGGUUGUUCUAUGCAAAGGAAUUUUACUAUCAUGGAUAGUGGUUUAGGUGAUGAGCUAGAGGAAAAACAAACAGACCUUGGCUUUGUUACAGACAAACAGUAUGUGGAGCCUGCACCAGAAAGGUUUACAAGAGUGAGUGAUGAACACAUUUCUGGGAGCAAAUGUUUGAAAGAUACUGGCCUGCAUGCAACAGUAGACAUUCCUGACAACAGAGUCAUAGUGUCUGUACCCUGCAGUUUACACUCCAAAAAACCUCCUCUUUAUGACGUAUUGAAGCUGUACCUGGCCAAAGAUGCUAGGUGUUGCGAGAUGUUUGCACGCAAUCUGCAGCCAGGAUGGACAUCUUGGGGCAAUGAGGUGCUUAUUCACCAACACCUGGAUUAUUAUGAGUCUGUGACGUGAUAUUUGGGGACCCAAGAGUGGUAACACCAUGACAUCAUUACAACACCAUUGACUCACCUGGUAACUAACACCAUGAGGUCAUGCUUGAACAGUUCAAGCAGAAGACAACAAUAUGGUGGACAUAAAAGAGUGCUCGACUUACAGAGCUACGCCAUAUUUGAUUUGGCUCUUCAAAUAAGUGACUGUAAAGAUCUGUAUCAUCACCAUGAAGCAAAUAGAUUAUGUAGUAGCUUUGUCAUAUGAUGAAGUUUACAGCACAGUGUAUUAUCAAUAGUGUUUCAUAGUUCUCACAGUUAGAUAUGAACAAUUCUGUAACUGUAUUUUGCUCAGAAGUGCUUGAUGAUUUGCCAUUUUAUGGAGGGAUUUUUAUUCCUCCGGAUCGAAAGAUUGGGGGUACAUUGUUUUUUGCCUGUCUGUCUGUCAUUGUGUCAGUCAGUCAUUGUGUCACUGUAUGUGUGUGUCCCAAAACUUUAACCCUUGUUAAAGUUUCCUCAAAACUUUUUGAAUAUUGAAGAUAGCAACUUGAUAUUUGGCAUGCAUGUGUAUCUCAUGCAGCUGCACAUUUUGAGUGGUGAAAGGUCAAGGUCAUCCUUCAAGGUCAAAUUUAUGGCUUCAAAGCGUCGCAAUAGGGGGCAUUGUGUUUCUGACAAACACAUCUCUUGUUUUAAUAACUUGAAUGAACCUGUGAAUAAGUCCAAGGUUUACUUUAAGUCCUAGAGGUCAAAGUAAAAUUGGAAUGGUAUUCACUUGCUAUGAUCUUAUUUCUGAUGUAUGGAAUUCAAAACUUGUCGAGAUAUGUUACAUUAAUAAAAUAUGUAAUUACUGCA